AUGUUGGUAGACAAUAGUGUCGAUGCGCUCGCUUACAUCGAUCAUGACUUGGACGAACCAGGUGCUCGCGAAACGGUGAUGAGGAUGAUCGAAGAAGAGAAGAAACAAUAUCGGCCGACCAAAAAUUAUCUAGAGCAUCUUCCGCCGUUGAACCUGUCCGCUUUUGAGACGCCCAUCAUGAAAGCGGAAUUUGAGAGAAUUGCGAAUCGUCUACCGUUUGAGAAACUGAGUAUGAAGCGUUAUGACCUUCCUCCGCCACCUGCCGGGAAACUUAGCGAUGUGCAAGCAUGGGCGGAAUGCGUCGACAACUCGUCAGCCCAGCUUGAGCAUCAGUUUGUCAGACUGGCGAAUAUCGAAGUUUUAUUGGAAAGAGGACCGCAGUCGUGGCAGCUUUAUAACGAAACGUUGGUGCGAAUGCUAUCUUCUGCUCAGAAGCAACUUACAAAACUGAGAGAGAAAGUACAAGAGGUGAACUUCUCCCGGAAAUCGCAGCAGAAACGGGUUGGAGAUGAAUUAGCUGAAAUGAACUCCAAGUGGAUUGGUUUGGUUUCCAAAAAUUACGAGAUUGAAGUCGCCAUUACAAAGCUGGAAGCCGAUUUGCGCUUGCUUGGAGAGACGCCGAUUACUCAGAGUGAAGCAGAAGCCAAUUCUAAUGAGUUUUGA